AUGCGCGCCGCAAUAGCAUGGCUCACCGUAGCAGCAGCAAAUGCCCAGCAGGCCUCGGUAGCCCGCGUCCCGACGCAGGGCUCCUUCGGCGCGGAACUCCAAGCGAGAGACCAAGCCUACCUCGACCUGUCCUACGUGCGAACGAAGAAGCGUAAAGUAUUGCUGCACGGUACCGUAGACGAACAAACCCAACAAGCUUUAAAAACGUACGGCACGACCCUGAAGAGCGACCAGCUCGCGGCCCACUCCCACAACAAGUUCGCCAUACCUAUCACGACAGAUGGGACGGACCCUUGCCCUCCAAACGUCACAAGGCACUUCACCGUCAAGCCGUGGUUCUGGGACAACGCGUGGCACGCGCGCGGCGUCCUGCGGUGCCUUCACGCCGUCGACGCGACUCUUUGAGGCCAUUCGGACCGCUUUGACGGAAAUGCUCCGCGCAGGCACUUCUGGAACGACCUCACGGCGCUGGGGCAUCGUCUUGCAGAGGCUUCUCAUCGCCACGAGCGGCUGGCGUUGGACGUAUUUCCAGAUAUUCCUAAUGAUCGCAUCAAGCUCAUUGAUUUGAUUCUGAAGCCGGCCUUCGCGGGCGGCAUCCGGGGCGCCUCCACAUUAUUCUCGUCCUCGGAGACGUGUUUGCAUUUACACUGGGCCGUGGGGCCGCGCGUGAUUGGCCCUGUUGAUGGUGGGGGCUUUUCUGGGGAGCGACGGGCGGCGGCGGACUUCUGGCGUCAUAAGCUGCUAGAGGACGGUUCUAUAAAGGAUGAAGAUCGAGAUAGUGACAACUACAAGCCGUCGGUCAUCUUCGUGGGGCGGUCUUGUGCCGGGAGGGGCGCAGCGAGGUGCAUCCGCAACGACGGCCUCGCAAACCUAAAAAAAGCGUUCGAAAACCGAGGCUGGCGCGUCGACGCGAACUGCUGCGCGUGGUCUGAUGCAAGAAAAACACUAAGGAGCUUCGCGGGCGCCGACAUCGUCCUGGGGCCACAUGGGGCCGGUCUCGCGAACGCGCUGCUGGCGCGGCGGGGCCUCGUGCUCGUCGAGGUGCACGGCGACUUCGGUGCCGAGCUCGACCUGUUCAGGAAGGUCGCGGACGGCCGCGCGGGCGGCUACGUUUCCGUAAAGGGGCGCUUCUCCGGUCUUGGGGGCAUGAGGUUUACUCCUGAAGACGCGUCUCAAAUAGCCGCCUGCGCCGUCAACGUGUGGCUGGACGGUCGCAACGCGCGCGUGGCGAACGCCACGGUGACGACAUCUUCAGGAACGCUCGCGGCCUGCGGCCGCGUCGGCCCGGACCCGUCCUCUCCAAAGCUCUUCGUCGGGUCGCGGAAGCGCCUCGGCAGCGGCGGCGCGCUGAUCGAGGGCGCCGCGGUGGUCGGCCACGACGUCGACUGCUCGAGCCCGGGAAAGCCCGCGCCGAACAAGUACGUCUGCCCCGAGGCGGUUGAUAGGACCGUCCAGGGGCGACCCGGCGUCCCGGGGCCGCCGCAGCAGCCCGGGCGGCGGCGUCCUCCGGGGUGAGUUAAAGGUAUGUCAUGUAGAGACUCGUGACCCCGAC